AGGAACUCUCUCAUUUCUCUCUCUUCAACUUCUCUUCAUCAUCAUCUUCUUCCCUCUACUACUACUCUGUUCCAGUGAAAUGCGAAAGAAUUGAAGAACACCAACAUUCAUCUUCCUUUAUUUGUCUCUUCAGCAGGAAGGUCCAGCGACAUGCAGGGCACAAUGACAAAUAAUCAAUUUGAAAAUGUGACAUUGAGGUAUUGGCAUGGUGGGAAGUUCCAGGUUGUGAAAAAUGGGGAAUUGGUGUAUUUAGGGGGUCAAGGUAGGACCUUUCAGGUGAACCCAGAUGAAAUGUGUUUCUGGGGAGUUCAUGAAUUAGCUUGUAAGUCUGGUAAUUACAGUGAAGUUGAUAAGGUGUACUACAAGCUUGAUGGUAAGACAUUGAUGGAAGGAUUGAGGUGUGUUGAGAAUGAUGCAGGGGUGUUUGAAAUGGGUCAAUUAGCUAUUAAAAACAGGAGCCUUGAUGUUUAUGUGAAACAUGUAGGAAUGCCUAGUCCUACAAAGCUAAAAGUGACAUCAAAUAGCCCACCACCCAAUAGGACCCAGAAAUUAACACCUAGAAGAGGCCCAAAAACUGAUGUACCAACUAGGUCAAGCCAAGGCUGAAUUGUGUUAUUGGCCCAAUAGAACCACCUGCUAUUGAAAAAACCAGCUCCUCAAAAAGCCAG